AUGAAUCAAGGCUUCCGGAGGCGUGCAAAGUCGAGUGUGAAAUCAGGUUUGCCUACCAUAGACCUGCUUCCUGAAAGGAUUGAGAACCCUGAAACCCUCCUUCGCCGGCAAUUCCCAAUUUUCAGCUGGGGUUCGUCAGAUCAGGCCGUGGUGUUCAAGUUACAGCCGGGGAAUGGGUUUGAGAUACCACAAAAGGUGAUUAAAGUGGCAAAACUUUCGGAAAUUGCACCUUCCGUUGAAGUGUACGCUGACUUUCCUGGGCCUUUGUCACGGUCCAAGUCGAAGAAAAAAGAUCUUGAAGCAUGGUUUGAGAAGAAUAUCGCCAAAUUGAAAAGCGAUAACAUGAAAAUGGACGAGUUACUCAUUAACGAACUCCUCUACGCUUUGGUUCAAAACGACGGAGAUUUUGCCUCUGCGGCACUACACAAAAUUUGGGCUGCCAUUUUGGCCCCUAAUGUCAAUUUCCAAUUCAGCCAAGACCUAAACUCUGGAUUUGGAUCCAGAGCCGGCCCAGGAAUAUCUGCAAAUGCGUUUAAGCUCGAUAAUGCUGGAAUCAACACAGUAUGGGCUCUAGUACAGGCAGGAAACAGAGAGGGUGCUUUGAAUUUUGCCAUCUCUAAACAGGAUUGGGCAUUUGCAUUCAUUAUUGCUCAAUCUCUAGGACAGGAGACAUUCAGCAAGGUGUGUUCAGACUAUGCCAGAGUAUCGUUCCCCUUCCUGACUAAUCAGAAUACGAGGGUUCACCACUUGAUGCCUCUUUUGUUGAAACUUUUUGUUGGCAACCCAAAAAGUGUUAUCGAAGACUUCAUGAAUGUUCCAAGCGAAGCUGAGUUUGCAAAAACCCAUUAUCGCGAAAUCAUAUCCGCUGCUAUAAUUAACGGUGUCAGAACCGAUUUCUUGGUCGAAUUUGGGAGGUUUUUAAGCAGGUCUGGCCUCGCGUGUGCUAGCGAGAUCUGCCUCAUGUUGGCAGGCUUGAUUUUGUCAAGAUUACCGUUACAGACUGGGGCGGUAUUUUCUAAUAUUGGCUCAUUCACACUGACUUCAGUGUACAGUGAAACUUACGAGUAUGUUCUUUCGAUGUCUUCGGUUAGCUCAGCAUCAAUUCCCCAGACGGGGCUUCCUGAUUUGUUGCUUUUGAAAAUCAAACGAGCUCAAACCUUGGCGGACAUGGGUCACUUUACUGCCUCGAGAAAGUAUUGCGACCAAAUUGGAAAUGUGAUGAGAACCCUUGGAAAGUCCCCAUUUGUGCCAGAAAAUGCCUCUGCAGACUUCAAACAUUUGUUAAUGAGAUUAUCGGACUGUUCUUCGACCGAAUCGGGUUGGCUUGGCGGAAAACUUAGCAAAGUGAACUUAGACAAGGUGUGGGGUCUGUUGGAUAAAUUUAUUGGUGGAGAG